UCUAAGGAGCUGGCAAGGUCUGAGGAAUCUCAAACACACCCACCAACAGCACCAACUGCUCCCUUUCUCCUCCUCCUUAUUCUCUUCUCUCUAUUUUCCCUUUAAUUUUUACUUUACAAGAAAGAAGACCUACUCACCUAGCUCUCUCCUUCUGUCUCUCCAGCUGCUUCCUCUCAUUUCAGACCAGCUAGCAACACCAUGGAUUAACAGUUUGUUCAUCGAUCUGUCUCUGGGAUCGGGUUCGGAGGAUACACAAAAGCAAGAACGGGACAGGAGGAAAUUGAUUAUGACAAACAUCAUGGAGUCAUGUGUGGGGAAGAUUCUCAGUUUUCUCGUAGAACCCGCGAUUACGCAUGGGGCUUAUGUGAUUCAAUACAAGAACCAGGUCCAGCUACUAGAACAAGAAAGCAAGAGGCUUGGUGAAAAAAAGGAGAGAAUCGAGGGAAUGGUGGACAGAGCCACAAACAUUGGGGAAGUCAUUGAAACUGAGGUCUCCAGUUGGCUAGAGAAAGUAGAAGAGAUGGAAGGAAACAUCACCAACUUCCUGAAUCAACCAGAAGAUGGAGAAUCUUUCAGGUGUUUUCCGGGCUGCAUGUGUCCCAACUUAAUGUGGCGUCACAAGAGGGGCAUGGAAGCUGAGGAGAGGAAGUUGGUCGUCAGUGAACUGAUAAGUAGGGGUGAGCUGCUACAGACGUCACCAGUGACACGCGAUGCAUCUUUCCAAUCGGAGCUGCACUUUGAUUCUUCUCAGUAUUACACCAUGUUCCAAUCAAGAGCUUCAGUUGUUGAGGAAAUCAAGAAUGCUUUGAAGGAUUCUGGGGUUGACCUGAUUGGGGUCCAUGGGCCUGGUGGAGCUGGGAAGACGACGAUGGUGACAGAGGUUGCCAAAGAAGCUAAGAAACUAGGAAUUUUUGAUAAGUUUGUGAUAGCAGUUGUGUCUAAAGACCCAAACACCUCAAAACUACAAGAAGAGCUUGCAUCCCAAUUGGAUUUCAAUUAUAAACAUAGAAGUGAGAUAGGAAGAGCGGAUGAGCUACGAAAGGCAAUGUUGAACAGCGAGAGAAGGAUACUGGUAAUAUUGGAUGACCUUUGGCAAGUGCUAGGCUUGAAUGCAAUUGGAAUUCCUACUUCAGGCCUUGGCGACAGAGGUUGCAAAAUUUUGCUAACCUCGCGUGACGAAGAGGUCCUCAGAAGGAUGGAGGUUCAUUCAUGUGUUCGCCUUGGGUACUUGGAGGAGCAAGAAACAUGGAAGCUAUUUAGGAAGGUGACAGGAGAUUUUGGAGUUGAUGAUUCGACAGCAAGAAAGGUAAGCGAGAGAUGUGGAGGUCUACCUAUUGCUAUAGUUGCAGUUGGAGCUGCAUUAAAGGGCAAGGAAGAGGCUGAGUGGCAAGAUGCACUUCACCAAUUAGAGAAUUGCCGCAUAAAAUACAUUGAAGGAAGUGAACCGCUGGGUUAUACCCCCUUGAAGUGGAGCUAUGAUUUUCUAAAAGAAGAGGAUGCAAAGUCGUGCUUCUUGCUCUGCUGUUUGUUCCCUGAAGAUGCUGAGAUUUCUAUUGAUGACUUGGUUAGAUAUAGCUUUGCCUUGGGGUUCCUUAGAAAGGUGGAUACGCUGAAAGUUGCAAGAAAUAGAGUACAAGCCAUGGUUAAUAUGCUGAAAAGGUCCUGCUUGUUGCUAAAUGGAGAAAACAAGAAUUUUGUUAAAAUGCAUGACAUUAUUCGUGACCUUGCAAUUUCUAUCACAUGGGAGAAGCAAAUAAAACAGGGAGGUGGUCAUGAUUGGCCAGGGCAACAACAGUUCAUAGUAAAUCACAAUAUUAAAGAGUGGCCAAAGAAUGAUGCCUGGGAACAUCACACAGCAAUCUCAUUAAGGAUCAAUAAUGACCAAAUUCGUUUUCCUUCCGGUGUGCUCCAUUGUCCACUAAUGCAUGCCCUUGUGUUGGAGUCUGAAAAAUCUUCGCCUAAAAUUCCAGAAGAUUUCUUUCAAGGCAUGAAGGAGGCAAGAGUUUUAGAUUUCAAAAAGAUGUUUUUCGAGCUCCCAUCAUCGGUUUUGGAGUUGGAUCAUCUUCGGAUGUUACGUCUAAACAAUUGCGAAUUAUUGGGAGACCUGUCUACAAUUCAAAAUUUAAAAAAUCACAUUGAGAUACUUAGCUUUGAGGGAUCUAUAAAAGAGUUGCCACAAGAGAUGGAAAAAUUGACUCGUUUGCGGUCCUUGGAUCUAAGACACUGCUGGCUAAAGGUGAUUCCAAAGGGUGUGAUAUCCAAUUUGAUCCAUCUAGAAGAGUUGUAUGUUACACACAUGUUUAAAAAAUGGGAUACAACUAUAGAGGGUGGAGGAAUGAGCAAUGCAAGUAUUGCUGAGCUGAAAUCAUUGAAUCAAUUAACAGUUUUACAUGUUGGUAUUUCAACAAACAGUUGCAGGAUUAUGAUGCAAGAAUGUCGCUACCUAUUUGAGAAAUUGAUUAAUUUUUCUAUAUUCAUAGGCGAUGGUCCUUUCUAUCAUGUUGGAUCCCCAAAUGUUUUGGAAAUUGUCGAUAUUCACCGUAUUGAUGAGUUUCGCCUCUUGAUGGAUAGAGUUGAGAAGAUGGGUUUGUCCAAAAUUCAAGACUUGAGAUAUCUAUAUGGCAAGCCACAACGAGAGUUUACACCAAGUAGUGGGGGAUCUUUUUGCAAAUUAAGUUAUUUAAGUAUUUCUGGAUGUCAUAGCAUGAUAUAUCUCUUUUCCCCAUCUUGCGCCAAAGCAUUCCAGCAACUCAAAACACUAAGAAUAUACAAUUGUCGCAUAAUGGAACAAAUAAUUGGAGUAGGAGAUCAUUGUAAUGAAGAGGAAGUCGUAACUGAUGAAGCAAUUAUUUUCAGUCAAUUGGGAAUGAUACAUUUAUCACUACUUCCACAAUUUAGAAGCUUCUGCCCCAAAAUGGAGAAGGCAACAAUUGAGGGAAACCCUUCAAAUUGGACUACAAUGGCAGAAUCUAUCUUUAAUGAAAAGGUAUCUUUUCCCGUCUUACAAAAAUUGACGAUUGAUAAGUUACCAGCAAAAUAUAUUUGGAACAAGCAAAUGAUUCAAUUCCCAAAAGAAUCAAACAAAGUAUCUUUUUCUCAACUGAAGCACAUUAAAGUAAUCCAAUGUCAUAAGCUGGUAAAUGUGUUUCCUUCAAAUAUACUCCUACAAUUGCAAAAUUUGGAGGCAUUACGUGUUCAGAACUGUCAUUCUUUGACAUUGUUAGUUGAAGACCUCAACGCUAACAUUCAAAAUCCUACGGUUAAAUUUAAACUCAUUGAUGUGUUCCCAAAGUUGAGAGAUCUUGAGUUAGAUAGUCUCCCCAAGUUGAUGAAAAUAUGGCUCAAUAAUAAGGACUACUACUCUAAUGACCAUUUAUACCUAAAAACUUUAUCAAUUACAAAUUGUGGUAGUCUGAGACAUGCAUUUCCAGCUUUUGUUGUCGGACAUCUUGCAUGGUUAGAUGUACAAGCAUGUCCUGGAAUGGAAGUGAUAGUGUCAGAGGCAAGUGGAGAAGGAGUGACCGAUGAUGGUAUUAUUAAGUUCAGCCAAUUAAAAGCAUUGAAGCUUGUAGAUUUGCCAAAUCUCAAUAGUUUUUCUCAAUUCAAGUCCGAUGCAUCACAUUUAUUUAAUCAUCAGGUUUCUUUUCCUAUCUUAGAGGAUUUGACGAUUAGUGUGUUAUCAAUGGAAGAUAUUUGGAACAAACAAAUGAUCCAAUCCCCAAAAGGAUCAAACAAAGUAUCUUUUUUUCAACUGAAGAGCAUGGAAGUAGCCCAAUGUCAUAAUCUGGUAAACGUGUUCCCUUCAAAUAUGCUCUCACGAUUGCAAAAUUUGGAGACAUUGUGUGUUCGGGACUGUCCUUCUUUGAAAUUAUUAGUUGAAGACCUCAACCCUAUCAUCCAAAGUACUACAGUUAAAUUUAAACUCAUUGAUGAGUUCCCAAAGUUGAGAGAUCUUGAAUUAAAUAGUCUGCCCAAGUUGAUAAAAAUAUGGUUCAAUGACGAGGACUACUGCUCUAAUGACAAUGAUGUCCAUUUAUACCUAAAAACUAUAUCAAUUAGAUAUUGUGAUAGUUUGAGACAUGCAUUUUCAGCUUUUGUUGUUAGACAUCUUGCGUGCAUUGAACAGUUACAUGUACAAGCAUGUCCUGGAAUGGAAGUGAUUGUGUCAAGGGGAAAAGGAGUGACCGAUGAUGGUAUUAUGAAGUUUUGCCAAUUAAAAACAUUGAAUCUUGUAGAUUUGCCAAAUCUCAAAAGCUUUUAUCAGUCCAAGUCUGAAGUAUCACAUUUAUUUAAUCACGAGGUUACUUUUCCUAAGAUCAAAUAUCUUCAUUUGAGUGACCUCAAAACCUUAAGAAAGAUACAACUCUGGGAUCUUCUAGCUACCACACAAGAACAUUUACACAUAGUGAGCAUAUUUGGAUGCCAAGUCUCAACCAAGGUUUCGUCUCAUCAUCAGAAGCGAAUUUCUAGAACGAUCAUCGACAACUUAGUCUUACGGAAUUGCCAAGGGGUCAAACAUGUUAUUGAUCUCAAUGGCACAAUAGAGCAAUUUGUUGAUGUGAAAAGAUUAGAGCUUCAUGACUUACCUGAGUUGGUUCUUCUAUGGAACAAGAAUCUUCAUGAGAUUGGAGGCUUUCGAAGCUUAAAGAAUAUAAUUAUCAGAGAUUGUUCUCAACUAGGAAGUCUGUUUACGCUUUCCAUGGCCAUGUCUCUUCAACACUUAGAAAUGCUAUCAGUGGAAUGUUGUGAAAUGAUGGAAGAGAUUAUUAUUAUUGAAGAGAAUAAUAUUAAUUUUACAAGGGAAGGGAUGGCAACCCGCCAUAUUGAAUUUCCAAAAUUAAAAAGGUUGACUCUACUUAAGCUACCAAACUUCAAAAACUUUUGCAACGAUAAAAGAGGUUCAUUUAGCUUUUCAUCAUUGAGCAUAAUUGAUGUGUGGUGUUGCCAAAAGAUGAAGACCUUUGCUUCUGGACAAAUUUGCUUGGCGCCAGGGAUGAUACGAGUCAAGGUAGGAAAGGAAGAGGUGGUUGAAAUCACAGAUCUUAAUGCAUUUUUUGAGUCUAGGAAUGAGGAUAACAACUACAUGAUGAUAACCAUAAACUAGGGAGAUGACUUUGAAGAGGGUGAAUAUGACUCAGAUGUUGAUGUUUCGAGUGAUGAUGGUUGAUGUUGAUAUUGCAAAAUUAUGCUAAUCUCUCGACAUCAAGGGGUAUUCAAAAGGUUACAUUUUCUGAUUGGAUAUUUAAGAGGAACCAGAGGCAUGGAUGCAGUUUACCAAUGUGAGCGGAGAUGUUGAAGUCGAUCAAUUAGUAGCAGGAAAGGUGUGGAAAAAAUAUGGAGGUUUGCCUAUUGCUAUAGUUGCAGCUGGAGUUGCAUGAAAGGGUGAGGAAGCUCAAUGCUCUAGUCUUCACGAAUUAGAGAAUUCCCCCCUAAAAUUCUAGAAGUUGAGGAUGCAAAGUCAUGCUUUUUUUUUUUUUUUUUGGUGGGGGUUCCAAGUUUUUCUCAACUAAUCCCUAGAGGCGAGUAACCUUUCCCCCUUAUGCACUUUCCGGGUAAAUUCGGAUGCAAAGACAACCUAUAGACAUUCGAAGUGGACUUUCGGGAAGUAACUGCCCUACCCAUGGACCCCAUUUACAAUAUACGAAUGGGACCCCCGGAAGGGUGCACCUAGACCUUGCCUCCACAACGGCAACAUGCCUUCCAGCAUUAAAUGCUGCCUUUCAUGUUACCAUUGAGAUUCGAACCUCUAAUGCUCAUGUUAUCCUCCUUAUGCUUUACCGUUGAACCAUGUCCGUGGGCCAAAGUGAUGCUUCUUGCUCUAGUCUUUGUUCGCAGAAGAUGCCAAGAUUUCUUAUAUUGAUGAUUUAGCUGAUAUGUCUUGGCCUUGAGGUUGUAAGAAUUUUAAGUACAAUCUAUGGUUAAUCUCCUAAAAAGAUUUUGGCUGUUGCUAAAUGGAAGAGGCAAGAAUUUUGUUAAAAUGCAUGAUGCUAUUCGUGGUCUUGCUGUUUCUAUCACAAAAGCAAAAGCAAAUGGAACAGAGUGGCGGUCCGAAGUGGGGAGGGCGGCAACUGCGGAAAGUAGAUCAUGAUAAUUCAGGAAUGGCCAGAGAAUGAUGCCUGGAAUCACAGCAAUCUCAUUGAGGAUCAAUGGCGUCUUUCCUUAUACUUCCGCGGGGGGGGAGAUCCUCAAGGCAUCAUUCUCCGGCUAUUCUUGAAUAUCAUGAUGAUCUACUUUCAUUGGAUUCUUUGUGCGUGCCUUCAAAUUCCUGAUCCACUUAUCUGAGGUUGAACAUUGUCGCAUUGAGUAAACAUCAUCUUGAUAGCUUCUUCUUUCUUGUCAAUGAAGUCGAAGAAGUUACGAACGAACUCCGAAAAGCGGGCACCUGAUCGCGCAGAGGACGAGGAGGCAGAGGGCUCCAUUUGCUUCCUGGUGUAUCGCAUGUAAUGGCAAACAGUUCGGAGGAGAAACGUUAGCAGGGGAGCUCGAGUGAAGCCACCACAUAGAAGGAAAAGAGCCCGGAAGCUGCUCAAGUGGAGCUCAAUAUUGCGCUCAGGCCUUCUUCCCCUCUUCGAUGCACAACCAUGCUUGCAGAACCACUUCUCGUGUGACUCCUGAAGUUUCCCGGUCUCAGCAAGCUUGAGGAUUGUCGUGGACAUGUCAACAGUUAGCGAAGACUUUCUGAAAAAUCCUUUAGUGACAUCCAGUAAGCCCUUUAGUGCGGAAAUUCUGUCAAUGAUCAUAUCAUCACUUGAAAAUGGCAUACGACGAACGUCAAUUUGUCGAGGUAAUGCAAUGUACAUUUGUUCACCGGGAUGAAUGAAUGGCGUAUAAUCUAAAGUAAAUGUUCCACAAAGCGACCUUGGAUAGUUAAUUGUGUGAAAGAAAUCAUGUAAAUGUGCAUCUGCUUAAUCUAAUCAUAAACGAGAAUACUUAAAAAUCCCCA